AUGGUUCUCCACCGCUUAACAUUUUCUUUGUUGUUGCAGGAUCGUUGCAUUAUCCCGGGAUGCAACGAGGACAAAUCUCUACUUUUUCGGGUUCCGAACUCGAGGAGCAACAAAUUUAGGCAGUGGAGAAAAGUUGCCACUGUUUAUGGAACAGGGACAGAGCGAAUUUGCUCCCAGCAUUUUGUUGACACAGAUUUUGUUGAAAACAUUCGGAGAAAGCUGAAGACCACUGCCAUACCUUGUAAUGAAUUGCCAGUUGGAAUGAUUAAGGUAGCAGACAAAAAAGCUUGCUGCGUUGCGGGAUGCCGUUCGAAAAACCCGAGGAGGAUGGAGAAGUUUCCCUCUUCAACAUCGAAGGUGUGGAAAAAGUGGGCAAAAUUACUUGGCUGCUUGGACAUCAACACAGCUGGAUGGAAAAUGUGUCAAAAGCAUUUUAAGGAGAAUGAUUUUGCUACAGUAACAUCUCGAUAUCUGAAGAGUAGCGCAGUGCCUACUAAAAACCUAAAGAGGCCAGUGAAGUCUACAGCGAUUCAUCGCAGAAGGGUCAAGCAGAAUCCGAUGCCACAGUGUCUGCUUGAUCACAACUAUUGUAAGGAAGAUGUUCGACCAAAAAGCAAUAGAAUGUGCUCAGUUUACGGUUGUAAAACCAAAUCCAGCAAAGGCGUGUUUCUGCAUCAAUUUCCGAAUGAUGGGGUCAAGGCGAAAAUUUGGAUGCAUGCUGUGAAAAUGGGAUCCAAACCACGUAAGAACUCAUUUGUGUGCAGCCAACACUUUCACGACAGCGACUAUAAUUCAGGUACGAAUGUAUUAAAGAAAACUGCAGUACCAUCUCGUAACAUUCCUUUAACAUUCUUACAACAAGUUCAGUCACGGACAGAUGAUCCAUACAAACGAAUCUUUGAAUCCUUCAGAAGAACAGGAGACAUCAAGUGUCAUUCUGACCAUAGUAUGAACUCCAAUGAAACAGCUGAAAAUUCAUCCCUGAACCAAACAGUACCAUUAACCGGUAGUCCACAGGCUGGCCCUUCUGGAUUGCAUUCCGUGAAUAGUUGUCAUGAUUUUGCUACACCGAGUAUAUUAAGUGCCGAGCUCGAUAAUUGUAACCUGAACUGCUUCAACGAUGAAAGUCUUCCUCGAAAAGAAGAAAACGAAGAAACGGUUCAUAAAAAUAUUCUUGAAAAGACUAUUCACACACAUGGCAAAGCCAUUUUGAGCGACUUUUUAAUAACGGGAAAGGACCUAACGACAUGGACCGGUAUUUCAUCCUUGAAGUUGUUGGAAGUUGUAUGUGAAAUGGUCAGAACCAUGGAAGAUAAUGUAUACCCGAAGAAAUACAAAAUGCACACUACGGAUCGCGUAAUACUAACGUUGGUGAAGUUGAAGCAAAACCUAUCAUUUGCUGCAUUAUCAACUAUUUUCUGCGUAUCACCAACAACUGCUGCUGAAUACUUCGCAUACACCGUUCAGACGACUGUCGCUGGAAACGAAAAUAUCCUGGUGUACAUGUAG